AAUGGACGCCCGAAACUCAGAAAGUGAAAAUUGCACAUCAUGCUAUCAUUCUGUACGGUCAAUUGUUGCGGUACCGCUAAUUAUUGAAGGAUAGCUUAAACGAGAUACCCAGUGUAUUGACGAUGGCCAAUGCCUUCACGGCAGUGGUCGGAAUUAGAUACUUAUCAGCUGUGUUGCCGGCACGAGAUCCGCAGUUGUGACACUACUAACCACCGCACACCGGCACAAUGUCAUCAACAACUCAGCUGGAGUUUACACAGGCCAUGAGUGACUUCAAGACCAUGUUCCCUGAUAUGGAUGACGAUGUGAUAGAGGCGGUACUGCGAGCCAACCAGGGCGCGGUUGACGCGACCAUCGACCAGUUGUUGGCGAUGAGCACUGACAACCAGAAUGAGAGAUUGCGUCUUGAGAUCGAGCGGGUUGAGAGUAGUUCUCCUUCGAAGAAGAAGGAACGGCGGCUGACUCGAGUUGUAAUGAACGGAGAUGACAAUGAUACGACGGCUCUUGUAGACGUUGAGGAUGAGUCGGUUCCACUAGCAGUGCGAAAGAAAUGGGUUCCAAGAAUGUUAGGACCCUUACCACCCAUGUUCCUCCGUAUUCCACCGAGCACAGACGCUAGAAUAGACCUUACCCUCGACAUGGAUGACGAUCGCAUCGCCACGCUCCUUCAAAACGAGGAAUUUAUGGCCGAAUUGCGAUGGAACCAGGAAUUUAUAGCUGCAUUGGAUAGCGAGCAAGGGAACAAAACGAAAUGUCAAGAAGACGAAGCCGCGUUCAAAGAGAGAUUAAAGAAUAUGGGAAAGAUGUCUCGAAAGAAGUUCGCUCAGCUAUCGCGAAUGUUUUCACGUGGUGGUAGUCGAAAAACUGGUAAUGCCAAAGCACCGCCCCGAGGGCCACCUGACAGCUUAUUAUUACAAGAGGAGCACAGUGAUGACGACGAGCGAUCGCACGCGCAACACGUCAAAAUAUAGUUGCUUACCGCGCCGCGCUUCUAUGAACAAUUCUUUGGGCCUUAUUUGAGAGUUGCACAAGGUUCGCAUAAGACUGGGGUUUAGAUAGGAAUCGAUAAAAUAUGCCUUUAUCAUGAUUUUUACCCAAAGACAUAACAAACGGACAAUUGUGUCUUUUUUUAUCAACUUUAAAGUAAAUGCAAGAAUGAAAGUUUGAAUAGAUACGCAGCCAUUUUGUUGUAUAAUGUAUUGUCUAACUCAUUAUCUGUUUCUUAUGCAAUUAUAUGAUACAGACCCACAGAGUAGAUAAAUUAUUCGUUGGCUGUACAAGGACCGUUCGUUGUGUCUACACCUAGAUUGAGGUUGCUUGAGGUCAAUUUUUUUAUUUAGUUAUUUAUUUAUUAGGCAAGUUACUCUAUGUUUCAUUUUCGAAGAGACGUAUAACGUCAAUGUCAAAUAUUUGAAAGUUGGCGCUGUAUUCUUUUCAUUUAUCUAAAUUUGAUUAUUGAAUAGUAAGUGUAGGUAUACAGUGCCAUUUCAAAAUGAAUAUACUUAGCGCCUGAAAGAGUACCUAAUAAAUAAGUUGUAGAUAAUCUUUAGCAGUGACAUAUAUACCUAUGUACAGUUAUUUUGUUAUUUAUAGGUACUUGAAGUAGAUGAUAGUAAGCUUGUAUUUUUGUUUAAUAUUAUGUUUUAAAUGUAUAUUCGCAAAUGCUUCGUAUUUCUUAGUGCCUAAAAUGUUUUCUUUUGUUGUACACUAAUAUAAAAACAAUAAUAAAUAACGAUCUCAAUGAAAAAUUAUAUUGUUAAGUAAUUUCUCCUUUCCUAUAAAUAAACUUCUAUAUGUA